CAAAAACAUCAUACUAUAUUGCAUGUCUGUGUGUUUGCGUGUGUUAUCAAAAAUACGUUAUCUGAUUUCAAUCAUCAUAUUUUCAUGAUUGAAAAACAGCUCACCCUAUAAAUAGCAAGCCUUUUUGUUGGUUCUUCACAUUGACACCACCCAUUUGCAAACUUAAUUCUGUCAGAGAAUUUCCGCCAUAGUUUGAUAAAAAAUAACACAGACAAUAUGCUGAAUGUUUUGAUGACACUCUGCUUGGUAGCUGCUUUAAAAGGGGUAUGUUAAAAUCUUGUGUGUAUUUUUCCUUCUUUUGUGUUUGUUUUGUAUGUUUUAACUGUUUCAUUUUUAUCUUAGUUAACAACAGAUUAUUUUUUUUAUAAAAGUUGAGUAAUAAAAUGUCAAUAACUGACAUUUGCAGUUAUUUACUAUCCUAUGUUUGUUUUGUAGAUUAGUAGCGAAAAUGGUAAAUCUGUUAUGUAGAUGUAAUUGCUACAGUUCAAUACAAGAGUUAAUAAUUAUUAAUUCAUUGUUGAAGCGAGGGUUUAGUGUUUGUUUUAAUUUAAAUAGUAUCAACCAUGUUUUUAAUAUAUCUGGGUUGUUUUUGUAUAUAUUAUUUUAGAUAUUUUUGAAGCAGUUCAAUCAGUUUGUAAAGGUUUCAUUUCAAGUAACAUAAAUAAUAAACUUCGAUGUUAAAAUUGGUCACAUUUGUUUGUCAGAUAUGAAUCAUGUGAUAUCCCUUGAGAUCCGAGAUAUGUGGCCUGUCAAGAAUGACUUCAUUACUAAAUGUUUUAUUUUUGUAUUGAGUUGAAUUUUUAAUUUGGAUUGCUUUAAAUGUUUACAACAGGACAACGCUGACGCCUUCAUAGACGCUGUUGUAGCAAGGCACAACUAUUACAGAGCACUUCACGGGGUUCCAGCGGUCACAGAAAACGCUGCGAUAACAGCAUUUGCUCAAGACUUUGCAACAUAUCUUGACACUAAUGGCCUUUGGCAUCAUAAUCCGAAUGCUUCGGCAAAUGGAUACGGAGAAAAUUUAUCAUGGAUGUCGAAUCCUGCUGCAACUGGACAAGACCACGUUGACAAUUUGUACAUAAACGAAGCAAAUUUUUAUGCCCAACAACAAUAUUGCGGAGAAGAACCUAAUAUGUCGUACUUUGCCUAUUAUGGUCAUUACACCCAAAUAGUAUGGGAAAGUUCUCUAGAAAUUGGUGUCGGAAAAUCAUCCGGAUAUGUAGUGAUCAACUACUCGCCGCCAGGAAACUAUUAUAAUAUGUUCGCUGAAAACGUUCCGUGUCCUUCUUAAUAAAUGGAAAACUAUUGUUAUUGAUAUGGCCGCUAUCUUGAAAUUUCAUUUCAU